CUGCCCGCAGUCGACCCCGUAGGAGGGAGGACCGAGGCAACAUGGCGUUCAUCUAUUUUGCAGAAAUUGUGCCUCGUCUUGUCGCAUCAGAAAAUGAUAAGGCGUCGAUUUUUUUUUCAUCAGUCAUCGUGGGACACGAUUAAUGUGAGAUCCGUCUGCGCAAGUCUGCUAUAAAUUCGUUUAACGGACCCGAGUGGUUUUUGUGACAUAUGGACGUGGUGUGCUCGUUUUUAAAUGGAUUUGAUGGCAGUAUCUUUUCGCGAAGCCAAGUCUAGAAUAAGGAAAACGUGUUCAAAUGGCAGCCACUGAUGACAGCAUGGACGACGAUGUCUUCGAAACAGAAACCGAUGCGAAGGAUAAGCUUCGUACUGGAGAAAGGAAGCUGCCAAAGACCCCCUCCCCUACUGGAUAUAGGGGCUACAAACCGCCUCCAGAAGUAAUCAAAUUGGCACAAAAUGAUAUCUUCGAGGACACCGAGCAGAUAACCCACAAGACAAUUCUAUUGGGAGACAGCGGGGUCGGUAAAACAUCCCUUCUCGUGAAGUUCGACACAGGAAAGUUUCAGGGAGGAAGUUUUUCAGCUACAGUCGGAAUUGGAUUCACUAUAAUGCUAUUAGGCGACUCAGGUGUUGGAAAAACUUGUUUAUUGACUCAGUUCAGGGAUGGACAUUUUUUAUCUGGAAACUACAUAGCCACGAUUGGAGUAGAUUUUAGGAAUAAAAUUGUUACAGUCGAUCAAACUAGAAUUAAAUUACAAAUAUGGGACACAGCAGGACAGGAGAGGUUCAGAAGUAUAACACAUGCCUAUUACCGUGAUGCACAUGCACUUCUGUUACUGUAUGAUGUUACGAACAAAACAAGUUUUGAUAAUAUAAGGGCAUGGCUAGGAGAAAUUAAAGAAUAUGCACAAGAAGAUGUCGUCAUUAUGUUACUUGGCAAUAAAGCGGACUGUGGGACACAACGAGCUGUUCGUAGAGAGGAUGGCGAAAGGUUAGCUAGAGAAUACAACGUAUCUUUCAUGGAAACAUCUGCCAAAAGUGGGCAAAACGUCGAUUUGGCCUUUUUAGCCGUUGCGAGGGAACUUAAAUGUCGCCAAACGGGAGAGAAUGACCAAAAUAAAUUCAGUGUUCAAAAUAUUCACAAAGAACAAACUCAGAAAUCUCAGUGUCCGCCUUGUAGCAGUUAAUUCAAACAUUAUACUCGUACUUAAAAUACAUAAAAUUGAAGAGUAUCGAAAUAAUAUAGUAAUCUGAAUACAAUAAUAUAAACACCAAGCUUA